UUGGCCAUCGCAUUUGUGAAGAAAAAAAAAUAAAAAAAAAAUAAAAAUCCCCUUGCCCUAUUCCCCACCCACCACCAGCUCGCCGCUCCUCGCCGCCGCCGCCGCGGGGCGUCAUUCUCUCCGGUGCGCCGCCGCCGCGUCGGGCCCCGAAAUCCGCCUCCCCCCACCACUGUUCUUCGAGAGAGGCCUCCCGUUAACUCGACGGCUGCGCCCGCCCAGUCGGAGAUGAAGCAGGUGUCCUGUAGUGUUGUAAAUAAAUGUUUGGCCUACAAUCCAUGCCUCUCAAGAAACUACUAUCAACGGUCUCAUACCGUGAAGUUGCAAAGAUCACAAGCUGGCCAGAUAAUUUUGCCUCGCAAAUUGAGGAAAUCUACGCUAUGGCAGACCAACUUCACUCAGAGGCAGAUUGCAACGCAUUGUUCCUCUGACCUGAGUACCUCCUGCAGAGAAGAAUUGCCCAGCUAUUUAACAGUUAAUGUUUUGAAAGAUCAGUCAUGUGCAAGACAAGGAAUCUUUCGUAAAGUGAUUGUCAUCUUGAAUCCUAAUUCUGGAUUUCGCAGCUCUCGUGAAGUUUUCUACCAGAAAGUACAACCAACAUUGGAGCUUUCAGGCUUUAUGAUGCAAGUUGUUGAAACAGCGUAUGCUGGUCAUGCACAUGCUCUUGCUUCUACUGUUGAUCUCAGCACAUGUCCUGAUGGUAUCAUAUGUGUUGGAGGUGAUGGAAUUGUGAAUGAGGUUUUGAAUGGUCUACUUGGUAGAGAUGAUUUGGAAGAGGCUAUUCAACUGCCAAUUGGGAUAAUUCCGGCUGGUUCUGAGAACUCGUUAGUGUGGACUGUUCUUGGUAUCAGAGAUCCUGUUUCCGCUGCAACUACUUUAGCCAAGGGUGGUAUCACUCCAAUAGACGUGUUCUCUGUCAAACGGACCCAAGCUGGAAUUACUCAUUUCGGUUUGACAGCUUCCUACUAUGGUUUUGUGGCUGAUGUUCUGCAACUAUCUGAAAAAUUCCGUCUGCACUUUGGCCCCUUCCGUUAUGUCAUCGCUGGUGUUCUUAAAUUUCUAUCAUUACCUCAAUACAGAUUUGAGGUCAACUAUCUCCCUUUGUCACCCAGGAGAAAUCACAAAUUACUACCUGUGACUGAAAAGUGUAAUGAUCAUCUUGCUGCUGAUAGCAGUGCUGAAGAUAACUGGGUUACUAGGAAAGGAGAAUUUCUUGGCAUUUUUGUGUGCAAUCAUUUCUGCAAGCCUGCACAGGGAUUACUCUCACCGGUUAUCGCGCCAAAAGCUCAGCAUAAUGACGGCAGUCUAGACUUGAUUCUUGUCCAUGGAAGUGGAAGACUCAGAUUAUUCUGCUUCUUUAUCGCCUAUCAGUUUUGCUGGCAUCUUCUUCUGCCUUAUGUGGAAUAUGUCAAGGUAAAACAUGUUAAGGUCAGGCCAAUUGGCAAAACCCACAAUGGGUGCGGUGUUGACGGAGAGCUUAUUCUUGGAGAGGGCCAAACAGAAUGGCAGUGCUCACUGCUCCCAGCACAAGGCAGAUUGCUUGGCCGGCAUCGCAGCGCAUCUGAGUAGAUUUCUAACCACCAAAGGUCCAAAUUCAAGUGUCAAACUGAGGAACCACUUCAAUGUAUGAAUUAAAUUAAAUCGGAGAAAUUAUGCAUCAGAGAAUGCUUCUUUCUACCAUUAUAUUUCACUAUUUUUUGAGAGGUUGUAAAUGAGGGGAAAUUAUGGGUUUUGGGGAGCUUCUAACCCCCACCAUUGGCCAAUUGUAUAUUCUGAAAUGAAAAAAAAAAGAAGAAAAAUCUCUACUUCUGACUUUACAUGGAAACACAGAAGCAAAUGUAAUUUUAAGCUUACACCAAGUCAUUGUUCUGAUCGUUGAUCUGAAGUAUGGUUUGCAUACCAUGUUUUAUUUUGCAAA